GACGUUUCGAGUAAAAGUCUCCAAGAAAUAAACAGCCCCAGUGUGAGAUUCACAGAAGCAAUUUUGAACUCCAUGGAACCAAAAUCUAUGACUCCUUGUAUGUUGACAGAUCUGUUGAAUUUUAUCAAAGAUCCGCCUUCGCAAAAUUGGUCUGAAAUUCAAGUGAAAGGAAAUGUUUCGUUACUUGAUAACGAAAACGUAUUGUAUAGAAUUCUGGAAAACUCGGUGAAGAUGAAUACCAAAAAUGUGAUAUUCUCUCCUGUUUCAUUUGCUGGUAAUGUUCGAGCUGAAAAUGUCAACACCCAGAAAAAUAUAAACAAUUUGAACCUAACUGAUAUUUUGGAAGACGCUGUAUUAACUGAAUCUGAGAGUCUUCAGACUAUAACUGGUCAGAAAUGGUUUUCCUCUAUUCAAGCCAAGACAGUCACUGUACUCCAAAACGCAGACAUUCGAAUAGUUAAUGGAGAGGACAUUCAAGAACUCAAUGACGCCAUUGUCGAUAAAAAUAAAAUAGACCAAACAAUCAUCAGAGGCAAAAAAACGUUCUUCUCUGGUCUGCAAACCAAUAGAAUACGAACUAAAAAAAUUUCAAAUCUUGACCCAGACAACAUUGUACAAGAUGGCAGUACUAAGAAGGUGCCCAGUGCUUUAUUUGAUACUCUGGAUGUGGAGAAUGAUUUGAACAUAACAUUCUUCAACAACAUCAAUUUUAAAGAUGCCCUGGAAAAUCGCUUGCUCGUGAAAGGUGUCGAUAAUCAAACAGCAAAAGGCAUCCUCUUCUUCGAGUAUCUAGAGGCAGAAAAUCUUUUUACUCCGAAAAUCAAUCAGAUUAAAACAAAAAACAUAGUUUUUGACGAACCUGGCCAAACCAUCUCAGGUCAGAAGCGGUUCAAGAAGAAACUGGAAGUUUUCGGAAAUAUUAUCACCGACUCAAUCAAUGGAAUGCAAAUAUCCGAAGAAUAUAAAAAAAGUGUUCUUUUGGGAGAAUCGGUUUUCUUGAAUGGGAGUGUUAGGGUGUUGCGUCCGUCACAGCUUGUAGGAAAUGUAGAUACAGGGUCAAUUAAUGGACAUCUCAUAUCUGAAAUAAAAGAAAUCUUAGACAGGAGCAAUAUCAAAACAGAGGUUCAAGAGAUUUACGACCUGAAAGAUCGAGUAAUAGAGCAAGUUCUGCGUAACAUUGAUGUUGUACAAGCCUUACCUAGGGAAUAUAUGUAUCUAGAGAAGUCGGACGAACUACAGAUAUCUCUUCAAAACACUGUUAGUGCCUCGACCGCUGUCUCCAAAGGCUAUGUUCUGUUCCAUGUCACAGGGUAUGAGUCGGGUGGAUCUUGUGGAUUGCCAGAGUUUUGUCAAUGUCCUCAUGAGUCAACUAUAGAAAUUUCACCGGAACAUUCAGUUACACUUUUCCCGAAUAAAGGUUUCCAAAGAUCUUUCAGCUAUGACGACGAAAGCAUGACUGUAUAUUUCACAACUAACAGUGUUAGUACUAGUCCUAAUUGCAGUACCAAAACAUCAAAAGUUCUGAACGAAGUUUCUACUUUGACCUGGAAUACAAAGUCUACAUCAAAUUCCGACGGACUCUUCUAUCAGUAUGACACUUUCAUUACUGGCCACAUCACCAAAGUGGAGUUUUUCACUUUGGGGAACACAACCUAUGUGAUCGUUGGUAGAUACUUUGAUCCUAUAUUGGAAAACUAUAAUCUGGAUUGUACUGUCAUCAAGUUCAACGAAAACAGACCUCAUGUUGGAGAAACAGCCUCGCACGUCAAGGAUUCGACAAACUUUGUGGGAAAAGCUAGGAAUAUAACCUUGGAGCCAAGUAAUAUCCUGCUCAGUUUCGACAUUGUGUCCUUGUUCACCAAUGUCCCGCUGAAUGAUUCUUUGAGAGAGAUAGCCAACCUGCUUCCUAGUGAUAUUGUCGAACUCUUCAAAUGCCUGCCUCACGGGAAGUUACUUCCAAUGGAAAGGAGAUUUCUAUGGGCAAUUAGACGGCGUAGCGAUUGGAAGUCCAGUCAGCCCGGCGAUAGCCAACAUCUUCAUGGAGCAAUUUGA